AUGCCUGCUGAUCGUCGCAGCAGGUCUCCAAGGAGAACGGACAGAGACUUCUGGUGGGUUCGGCGUGAGAGUGCAAAUCCCCUGCUGAUACGGCGCGCAGAACUGAAGCCUCCAAAUGUAGUGUUGGCUAUUUUGGAAGUGGCCAAAGAGAAGAUGGGGCUGACAAUUGCGACGGACGCAAUGGUGAUGCUGAAAAAGAACGGAGAGGAAUGGGCUAACGAUGCUCGGGUCAACGACGUCGUUGGUGGCGAAACAGGUGCAGACGCAAUCUCGAUUGCAUUUAAGGACAUCCCAGCCGUAUCAUCACAGGCAACUUAUCCGAAAAGUAUCGUUUUUGCCUUCUCCGAUGCAAGAAGCAGCACUACGGACUUGGAAGAUGUCUUGAAGAAUUUCGCGGCAGAUGUCAAGGAAGAUGUGGCAGCAGUCAAGGAAGCAGUCAAGGAAGACGUGGCAGCAAAUCUGCAGCCCCUUCGGGAUGCGGUGUUUGGAAUUCCAGCAAGGAGUUUUCGCAGUGCAACAGUUGCCUCGGAUGUGCGAGGCGCGUGUGUUGCACAUCAUGGCGGAAUCGAGCAGUGCUUGAUUCUUCGGCACUUGCAUGCCGAUGCUGCAAAAAACUACGCGUGGAACGUCUGCGCCGCGCAUAUCUACAACAAGGAGAAGUGCAAUCAAGUCGCAGUGCUUGACUUUGGCGUGGACGAUCCUCAAAACAUUCUGGUUCUUAUGCGACAUUUAGAGUAUGAGUUUGACAAAGGGCGGUUGAUGUUCAUUCCAGCGCUCGAGGAUGCUACUAUGCAGCAGCGAAAGCCACGGUUCCAAGAUACUCUACAGCCUUCCGCACGUGACUUGCCGCUGGAGAUUCACGCGCACAACGAACUGAAGAGUGAAGCGGUGCGGACAUGCUAUUUAUCUCCACAUUCGGAGAGUUGGUACGGAAAGGUGCAUGUCUUCAGGGCUGCCGGUCAUUAUUCUCCACUCACUUUCGGGGAGUUGGAUGGCAAGAUCUUUCUAACAGCACCUGUGUACAUGAGGGCACUGUUCGAGAAAGCCGUGGGCGCGUGGCUCACACACAAAGGCGACAUGCCGAACCCGCAUGAUUACCUGGAGCGGUUCAGGUCAAGAUGCUCGAGCUGGGAGAAGUAUUCCCGCAUUCGCUGGAGACAGCUUGGCAGUGCAUCAGUAGAACAGCCCGUUGAGCAUCCCGACCCUCCUGCUUGA